AUGCUCUCAAUAGCAUUUUUCUUGAAGCCGGUGGUGGUGAAUGCUGUUCGCCACGUUCUGCAGGGUCUUUCCAGUGGCCGCAAAGUUGCAGAAACACCGGUGGAAUACGUCGGACAAGAAGAAAAAGAAGAGGUUUCGGACGACCUGGAAUUGGACAGUGGAAUAAACACCGCGUCACAAAACGCCACGUCAUCGGGACAAGAGGACACAGAAUUUAUGUACGAUAACGAGAUAACCAGCACUGCUACCGNAAACGACGCCGACGUGGUCGCGGGGCCAAACAAUUGGAGAUUUGUAAUGAUCAGAUCCAGUCCGGUUCGGGACCUAGUUAACCAUUUCGAAGGUCUCGCGCAAAGGUGGUAA